GAUAGACCUUGGUUAGUCGUCGAGCGGCGCCACACGGGAAUGCAGAACAUUAACAUUUAAGUUUCAUCGUAGAUUUCGACAUAAUCUUAGUCACGUCGUAUCGUUUUCACCAGAAACCGUUAAAGAAUGUUUUCUCGUCGCGCCAGCCCUUGCAAGGAGUUCCUUGCACGAACUGUGAUCCCUACCAUCAUCUUCGUCUUCUUGUCGAGCUGCACCACACUUACUUCUGCCCUGGACCAUUCGAGUGCCGGUUCUUUCUUGCGCUCCAGUACUAGUAUCGACGGCACAAUCUCAUCCGCUGCGCAGCACCACCAGUACGACAUUGACGAGGACGCAGAUCUGUUUACGCCAGGUGCCGAAUUGCUUCUGUCAGAAGAAACCUCCGCGGUCGCCGCAGUCAAUGCCCGCACUGGUGGUGUCCCAGGGGCACCAGAGGAGGCUUCUAGCAUCGUCGGCCCAAGUGGCAGCUUCCGCAGUAGUUCAGGACGAUGGGGCGGUGGGCGAAGUAUUUCCAGUACAGCAACCGGAGCAUCAAGCCAGUUUCACCGGUAUCGCGCGUGGAUCGACGAGAACGCCGACCGGCUGUUGCAGCUAGUAGCUAUGCAUUGCAGAAGUAUCGUAUUUUAGGAUAAAUUGCAUCACAAAUUUUCUCAAAGGAAAAACCGAAUUUGUAAUGCCGAUUCAACUAAAAAAAUGAUAUUUGUCAUGCAUGAUAGCAAUUACUACGAGUGCGAUACUUCUGCAAUCCAUAGUAGCCCAAACAGGUGGACAACGUCUGAACUACGAACAAAAACUACCCGGAACUGCAGCCGCGGCCUUCGCGCAGCAUACGCAGGACCGCCUUCGCCGUGCGGGCGCUAGCACGGUGGCGACGUCGUUUGUGGAAAAAUCUCGACGAGGUGUGCUACGUCAGAAUCCAACAACACAGGCUCGAGAACUUGUCUUGACAGACUCCGGAGCUGGUCGAGAAGAAGAUAGAAACUUUCUUCUCGCGAACGAAGGAGGAGAAAGCAGUAGCAGCACACAUCAAGGAACCAACGAAGCACAAGCAGUUGCAGUAGAUGAGACGCGAUCCUCUAGUACUUCCCCUUCAUCCCUCACCGAGCUUGUUUUGACGGACCCCUCGGGCAAGAAGCUGGACAGACGACUCUGGGGCGCGUUCGCAGAGGGCGCUGUGUUUGAAGGAGCGAGGAAAACGAAGAAAGACGAAACAGCCGAAAAAGAUAAAGAGAAAGAGCCGAGGUUAUUUGAAGACUUGGACUUCACUAACAGCACCCGGGUGUCCCAGUACCUGUACCAACCGGCAAAGAAUCUCUUCUACCUGUGGCACGACAAAACUGCGGACAAGUGGCGCGGCGCCUACCUAAUUGCCCUUCCGUUGGACAACGACGACAUCGAGGAUGACGUGAUGACAAUGGGACUGAUAGAAUUCGACAAAACCGUAUCCACAGGAAAUUUUCCGUACAACUCCAAAUGUGGUUUCUGCAUUACAAAGCUAUCCUUCGAUCUUAGUCAGCAUGACAAGUUUUAGACUCUAAGUAGAAGAUGGCGAAAUUUGUCAUGCGUUUUGUUGUAGUACGUGAAAGAACGUGCUGUGCGGGAAGUUUGUAUUGCAUAAACCGCAGCGGGCGACAAAAACGUGAAAUUGUCCACGAAAAACACUACCGACCCCUCCACCGGGGCUGUGCAAGCCACCACAACCGUCCACGAAUUCCACGCCAGCCCGGGCGCCGCCUGGAAGGGCCACGCCCAGGACCUGCUGUACGACAUGGGGCACAGUGUUUUGACAAACGUAAAAAUGCAGUUCGACCCCAGCACGGUGACGCUGCACCUUCCCAGCUACCCCGUCGCCCGCGCGACCAACGCGCAGCGCACGGGGAAUCGGGGCCAGGAAGUCGCGGAUCUUGAGAUCAAGUUUGACAAAAAGUGCACGACGGCCGGACACGCGCGGGGGAAACAGGCGGAAAUGGCGCACAACGCGGUGAAGAUUUUCCAGCACUGCUACCAGGCCGGAACUGCGUACGCUAGCGCGGUCACGCAGUCUGUCGUCGCGCUCAAGUCCAAUACGAGUGCGCAGAUCCGGGAGGUACUAAAACUCGGCCCCCUGCACUCGCUGUGCGGUAUCUACGAUAGUGCGGACCAAGGGGGUGGCGCAGCUCCUGGUGGGGGCGGUAGCUACCAACCCUUUCUUCAAAACAACGUCGGACAAAUCACCACACCCGAAUUUGUUUCCAAUCGGUUCGAGCUGUGGGGCGCGGACUUGCAGUCGGACUACGGGAAUGCAACUGUCCUCGACUACCUCAUCCCAGAUCUGGACAACACCACGUGGCGGGACGAGGCGAUCGCGAGAGGAAAGAGCACCAAUCUCUCCGACUAUUCCGACUGGGAUCCGAUCUGGUACCAGGCGAAAAAGCACAAGGCGACACUAUUGGAAGUGUCUUUUGAAAAUCCGAUGAAACUGGACAACGCAUCCUUUCCUCUGUGGAAUGAAAAAGGAAAAGGCCUCCCCAAAGUCAUGUACGCCCCGACCAGCGAAACACUCUGGAAGCAGGGCGGGGUUCUAGUGUGGAGCGUCCCGUGCGUGAGCACGGGGUCCUCGCAGGACUUAACGGCUUCCUGGUGCGAUCAAGACACCGGAAAAUGCCACUGCGUCAACAACAAAACCCUGCGCAUGACGCCGCUAAUCGGGCAGCUCUGGAGCCGCGCGGCGAGCGGCUUCUUCCAACUCGUGCGCGACGUCUGGACCACGGAAAAGCCUGAAGUAAUCGAGUACACGACACAACUGCGCGACAAGACUUCCGGCCUGUUUGACACGAAGGUCCUCAUCGAGCACCAACAGAGCUCCGUCGCGGAUCUGAAGACGUUUCUCUACAAAAAUUUUUACCUCGACAAGUCUGCGCAGGCAGUUGCCGACUCUCACUCUCAAUUGAUCUCCUCGGGCAGUUCGCUCCUCGUUUCCGACAGUCUCACCGCGAAGAACGGCACAGUGACGGCGCUUGCGGACUACUGGCACGGCUGGACUGCCCAGACGGCCACGGUCGAGCGGAAAAAAGAGAGAGCGUGGCAAAUCCGGAAAGAUUUGCUGUACCUCGAAACGUCGUUUUACGAUGUGAAAAUCAAUUCCGACUACCAGGCGCAGGGAGCUAGUGUGGAGUUCUGGGUGCAGAACCCGGAAGAGGUUGUUUCUAGUGGCGCGUCGGCCUUGCCCACCUCCUGGCGCCUGCACACGGACCUGAAACUGCUCGGCUGGCGGCCGAAAUCUUUCGCACCGCCGAUCGAGUCGAAAUUCGACAUCGACACCAGCUCCGGAGACGUGAAUGACCAGGCGUUUCUGGAUUCGAUCGCGACUACGUUUGUCCUCGGCGCGGCGAAGGCGAUGGAGGGCAACCCGGGGCUGGAUCCCAGUCAGGGCAUCGACAUCCAGGAGAUCAACAUCAUGGACCCGGUGAUAUGGAGUUCUCAAUUGUUAGAUUCUCAAUUAUUAACUGAAUUUGUAAUGCAAGACUGGCAAAAGUGAAAGAAAGGAGGAAGAUUGCGCCUUUUGCAUUACAAGUUUGGCGCAGAUUUAGGUGCGGCUUAGCCUUUCGCAAAUUUUUCAUGCGGAACAGCCCGAUCGUGAGCAUGAUGAUGGUGUUUUUGCAUAACAAACUCAUGUUGUAACAGUUGUAGUUGAGAAUGUAACGUUUGAGAACCCCACAGGUGACCGGCGCAAAAUCCCCCGUCGUCGAGGAAGUGCCAGAAGGGUGCUUCUUACAACAGGAUGAAAACAGCACCAACACGAGCUUCUCCUUGUUAUCUACUCUGUCGCGGCCGUCAAGCUGGGUUGAAGAUGGUGCGACAGAGGACAAGAAAAAGAUGAUGAUGCAGCUCAGCGGUCUGAAAAGCCUGCCGUUGUAUCUCAUCACGGAUUCCGGCGAUCAUGGGGACGGCGUCAUGACAGGAACUCCGCCAAGCCGCCUGCAGUCAUCAUCGCUGAUCCACCACCAGCAGGUGGAGCAGAGGCAGCUGCUGCGGAAAGCAGGCAGAGUGAAUGUUCAUGAUGCGGCCACAGCAACAACAUCUUCGCUCAAGAAAAACAGUGCGACCAUGGGUGUAACCUUCGUGGUGCCGAACUCCCCCGCGUUUGCGGCCAUGAACGCGAGUCAGCAGGCCGCAGUGAACGCCCAGGCGGCAAGUCCGAACACCACCGGGAGCGUCCUAUCCAGCUUCCAGGCCGUUGCGGCGGCAAACCCGACUAUGGGCGUAUCCGUGUCGCCCCCUACGCCGCCCUCCAACCCACCGACCACCACCACGACCACAACGACCGUAACAACAACAUCUGGGCCGACGCCGGGUCCAGCACCACCAGCGGGAGGUGGUGCGCCAGCCCCCAGUCCAGCAGCUGCGCCACAACCCGCACACACCCCAACGCCAACUUUGCCCCACGGGUGCGCUUGCUCGGCGGAGGACCUCGAGCCGCGGAUCAUAUGCGGGACGGAUGGCGCCCAGUACGGGAGCGUCUGCGAGGCGCUCUGCGCGAACACGGAGAUCCACAAUUACGGAGUGUGUACGGGCCCCGGCACGCACCGAGCGGUGCAGAGCCAGCACACGGGCCCGACCACCUACGGAAAGGCGGCGGGGGUGGAACUAAGCGUGGUGGGGAAGAUCGGUAUCUGUGCGGGUGCGUUGCUGCUGCUCAUCGUGGCUUACUUCUAUGUUGCCUACCCGGAGACCGGCGGCUGGAUCGCUUUUUUGCGCUCCACGACCCCGCAGCCUGUCACGAGGGAGCCGGGAAGCGGAUCGGAGGGAGGAGGAGGGGAUGCAGGUAUGGAAUGGAAUUUUUGCAGGCUUUUUUAAAGUGAUUUUCAUGACAGCACGAUGCGAUCAUCAUCAUCAUGUAGUUUAAGUUUCUGCCUGGUGGUGACAACUACUACACUCAGUGGGCAGUACUACUAGUACGUCGCCCUCGACGUCCCAUGAUCGUCGUCACUACGAUCAUCGUGCAGCAGCAGUAGCUCUGUGGGUGUGCAGACAACUACACCAAACUAAAAUUUCAAAGUCAUGUCGUGAUUUGAACUUACUGUACCACCAGGUGCCGCAGACCGAGACGGAGAUGGAGAAUCGAAGCAGAACCCCCAGGUUGAUGUGGCCGUCGAGGAAGAGGAUGCAGUACAACAGGAGGAACGAGCGGCGACUGUAGACGAGGCCGCAGGAGCAGAGGAAGAACAGCAGCCGCCACCGCAAACUGCCGCCCCGCCGGCCGCACCCCCAGCACCACUCCCCGCCGAGCAAUCAACCGGACCACAAGGCUCCACAAGUUUCGCCGCAGCAGGAACAACUUCAGGAGCCGGCGCAGCAGCAGCAGCAGCAGUUCCUGGAAUGGGCUCCGUCAGCUUCGGCGGGGGAGGACCACAAGCAGGGUCUACUGCAGGAGCUCCGCAAGGAUCCGUCAGCUUCGCAAACGCAACAUCGGGGGGCAAUGCCAAUGCGGCCGCAGCGGCUGCAGCACAGGGGUCGAUCAGCUUUGCGAAAGCGCCAGGGGGCGAUGGCGUGCCUCAGGGGUCUAUCAGCUUUGCCGGGGCCGGUUCGCAAGCGCCCCCUGGGUCAUAG